AUGAUGGAUCAAGCCAGAUCAGCAUUCUCCAACUUGUUUGGUGGAGAUCCGUUGUCAUAUAGCCGGUUUAGUCUCACACGGCAAGUAGAUGGCGAUAACAGUCGUGUGGAGAUGAAACUGGCUGCAGAUGAAGAAGAUACUGACAAUAACAUGAGGGGUAAUCGUGCUUACACUGCAAAACGGAAAAGGCUUAAUGGAUUACUCUGCUGUGGGACUAUUGCUGUAAUCAUCUUUUUCUUGAUUGGAUUUUUGAUUGGCUAUUUGGGCUAUUGUAAACGUGUAGAGUCAAAAACUGAAUGUGAGAAAGCAGAGUCUCCAAAGAUAGAGACUGAAGAGGAAGUUGAAGAGAGCCGGCCUGACGUAUCUCCCCAGUUAUUUUGGUCAGACCUCAAAGCAAUGUUGUCAAAGAAACUGGAUACCAUAGAGUUCAUCAACACAAUCAGGCAGCUGAAUGAAAAUUCUUAUGUUCCUCGUGAGGCUGGAUCUCAAAAAGAUACAAACCUUGCUUUUUAUAUUGAAGAUAAAUUCCGUAAACUUCAAUUCAGCAAAGCCUGGCAUAAUGAACAUUUUGUUAAGAUUCAGGUCAAAAGCAGUAAUCCAAACUCAGUGACAGUAAUGAAUGGGAAACAAGACUCAGGAUUCCUUGUGGAGAACCCUCAGGGUUACGUGGCAUACAGUAAGGCUGGGACAGUUACUGGUAAACUGGUCCAUGCUAAUUUUGGCACUAAACAAGACUUUGAGGCUUUAAGCACUCCUGUGAAUGGAUCUUUAGUGCUUGUUAGAGCAGGGAAAAUCACCUUUGCUGAAAAGGUUGCAAAUGCUGAAAGUUUAAAUGCAAUUGGUGUUUUGAUCUACAUGGACUCUAUUACAUUUCCUGUUUCUAAUGCAAAUCUUCCACUCUUUGGACAUGCUCAUUUGGGAACAGGUGACCCUUAUACACCGGGAUUCCCUUCUUUCAAUCAUACUCAGUUUCCACCAUCUCAGUCAUCAGGAUUGCCUAAUAUACCUGUCCAAACCAUUUCCAGAACCGCUGUAGAGAAACUGUUUGAAAAUAUGGAAGGAGACUGUCCUUCUAAUUGGAAAGCGGGUGCUAUGUGUAAGCUGGAAACCCCAGAGAAUAGGAAGGUGAAACUCAUUGUGAACAAUGUACAGAAAGAGAUAAGAAUUUUUAAUACCUUUGGUGUUAUUAAAGGUUUUGAAGAACCAGGUCGCUAUAUUGUAGUAGGGGCCCAGAGGGAUGCCUGGGGUCCUGGAGCUGCAAAAUCCAGUGUGGGAACAGCCCUUCUAUUGGAACUUGCCCAGACAUUCUCUGAUUUGGUCUUUCAAGGCGGGUUUAAACCCAGAAGAAGUAUUGUCUUUGCUAGCUGGAGUGCUGGUGACUUCGGAGCUGUGGGUGCCACUGAAUGGCUGGAGGGAUACCUUUCCAGCUUGCAUAUAAAGGCUUUCACUUACAUUAAUCUGGAUAAAGCUGUUCUUGGUACCAGCAACUUCAAGGUUUCUGCCAGCCCAUUGUUGUAUUCACUCAUUGAGAGAACAAUGCAAGAAGUGAAACAUCCAGUUACUGGGUUGUCUCUAUAUCGGGAUAGCAACUGGAUGAACAAAGUGGAGAAAUUUUCUCUUGAAGAUGCUGCUUACCCUUUCCUUGCAUAUUCUGGAAUCCCAGCAGUUUCUUUCUGUUUUUGUGGGGACUUAGAUUAUCCUUACUUAGGUACUACCCAGGAUACCUAUGAGCUUCUGAAUCAGAACAUCCCUCAGUUGAAUAAAAUGGCCCGUGCAGCAGCAGAAGUUGCUGGUCAACUCAUAAUUAAACUUACCCACAAUGCUGAAUUGAACCUGAACUAUGAAAUGUAUAACGAGAAAAUGCUUUCAUUUGUGAGGGAUAUGAACCAAUUCAAAAGAGACAUAAAGGAGAUGGGUCUGAGUCUACAGUGGUUAUAUUCUGCUCGUGGAGACUUCUAUCGUGCUACUUCCAAACUAACAACAGAUUAUAAGAAUUCGGAUACAACAGACAGACUUAUUAUGAGGGAAAUCAAUGACCGUAUCAUGAGAGUGGAACAUAACUUCCUCUCACCCUAUGUAUCACCAAAAGAUGCUCCUUUCCGACACAUCUUCUGGGGCUCUGGCUCUCACACUCUCCAAGCUUUAGUGGAGCACAUAAAACUGCGUCGACAGGAUAUCAAUGCUUUUAAUGAAACACUGUUUAGAAACCAGUUGGCUUUAGCAACUUGGACUAUUCAGGAAGCUGCAAAUGCCAUCUCUGGUGACAUUUGGGACAUUGACAAUGAGUUUUAA